AUGAUCUGGCCCAGAUUGCAGAUCGCCGUCAGCGUCUCGCCGACGCCGCAGAUCGACGCGAUGAACAGGAUCAGCAUGUCGAGGCUGAAAAGCGCCUGGAGGAUCGUGAAGUCUUCGCCCCUGUUCGGCCCCCAGAACACCGUCCUCCAGCACUACGGCGAUUUUUCCUCCCCUCCGUCGUCGGAAACAGAAGAGGAAACGGUUUUGACCGGGUCGGGCGAGGGGGAAUUGGAUCUGGGAAUGACGGUGUCCUUCCAGAUCUUGUACUCCUCGGCGGUGGAGACGGCGAGCGGAAGGAACCCCUUGCAGGCUAUUGGACGCAAUUGUAGUCAACUGCAAUAA